GAGGUAAGUGUCUUUGUCUAAGAUGACAAGAUGCCAAUGGUCUGUGCGUCCGUCUUGAGAGGAACGAAAACGUCCUUUUCCACAUAAACAUUGAUAAAAUACUUUAUCAAACCUUAAGGUGUCAUAUCUCCCAGGCGUUCCAAGUGGUUUCCAUAUAGGUUUCUAGGCCCUCGCAAACAUUGUAGUGAUUGGGGUUCCUGUGUCAAAUCAGUUGAAUGUGCAGAAGGAUGRAUCGCGCGGUUUUCUAYGGAUUYCAUUCAGAUCCAUCUCUCGUCUUGGAAAAUGUUCCUUUGCCAGAAAUUCAAGAAGGAGAAAUCCUUGGUAAAAUCUUGGUAGCUACUAUAUGUGGUUCCGACUUACAUACGCUCCAAGGGAGGAGGAAUGUGCCUGUUCCAAGUAUUCUAGGUCACGAGGGAGUCGUAGAGGUGGUUCAUCACAAACGACCCAGCAGUCAAUUAUUAYCUGGUGAAAAGUUGACUUUUUGCAUGAUUGWUAAUUGUAAUUUCUGUGACACCUGCAAAGAUGGACUACCUCAAAAGUGCAAGUCAUUGUUUAAGUAUUCCCGAGCAGUGAUAUCUGAUGGUACUGGGGCUAAUGGAUGCUAUGCCUCCCAUAUUGUCAUACGCAAGAACACACAUGUUGUUAAGAUACCAUCCGAGGUACCCAACAGCUUUGCAGCACCCAUAAACUGUGCUCUUGCAACUAUGGUCAAUGCACUGGGUGGAGUGAUUGACAAAGAAUCUCAGAGAAAGGAAUGUACAAGGCAAAGAACUGUGCUUAUUCAAGGGGCAGGCCUGUUGGGUGUGUAUGGUUGUGCAAUGCUAGACGAAGCUGGCUUCAAAGUCUACUGUUCUGAUGUGAAUCCAAAAAGACUUGAAAUUAUUUCAAAAUUUGGUGCAAUUCCUCUCUUAGCAGGACAAUCUGGUGAUGAUAGACCUGAAGAGAAUUCUGUUGAUGUUGUGGUUGAGGUUUGUGGUCACAGAAGUGUCAUCAGUGAGGGGAUAAGACUUCUCAGAUAUGGAGGAACGUAUGUGUUGGUAGGAAUGGUCCAUCCUGAUAGCAAGCUUGAUAUGUUAACUGCUGAGCAGAUCAUAAACAAAUGUCUUACAAUCCAAGGGUUUCAUAAUUAUGGUCCACAACACCUUGACAAAGCAGUGUCUUUUCUGGUCCGAACUGUACACAAAUACCCWUACAGUGAGCUCUUCAGCAUGCCAUAUGCAUUAAAAGAUAUUAAUGAUGCUGUUGCCAUGACAAUGAAGCAGAACUAUCACCGUGUUUGUAUUGAACCUUGAUGAUGUCAUYAAUCAGURCUUCAUGGGAUUGAUUAGGUAUUUGUGCAAGUAGGUAAAUUGUUGCUAAUGAAAAUUUAUUACUGUAUUGUUUUAAGUGGGUAAAAAAACUGCAAAGUAAGACUUUAAAAAAAGAGAAAAGUCAGCAUAAAUAAUGAAUAAUUAUUGUGCUCCAAAGAAGACACUAUAUGAUUUAGCAUAUUAUCAAAAUUGUAUUAAAGAAUGCCAAAAAAUUAAUUUAAUGUAAAAUUUUUAGCCCAGAAAUAUUGUUUUAAUA